UGGGAAGCUUGCAUCAGAAGCUUCACUGUUCUCUCUCUCUUUCUCUCGCUGCCCCAUUCAGGGUUUGUUUCCUAAUAUCCCCCGUAGCUGAAGAUUUAUAAUCAGUUACACCAAAAAGAAUCUGAUCAAAGGGAGAAAGGGCGAAAUCUACGCAAAGCUAUUGCCAUAAAUUUGAUCGGAGAAUCUGAACUUUGAUUUCUAGGUUAUUGAUUUCCUACUUCGAUACAAGUGUCAGGGUAUCUCUGAUAUGGUGGAACGACUAGUGAUUUGCUGAACGGGACCUUUUCGUGGACACCAAUUAACCAUGGCCUACAUCCUUCCAAAAUCUAUACUUUUCUUUGUCUUGUAUUUACUCCUUGGAAUGAGGGCUUAUCUGGUGCACGAGGCUCCCGCAUGUGCGAGGUCUGGGGGUGCAAGAACUACGUAGCCUUACCCCAAGAAUAUCGAGGAGCUGUUUCGAUUGCUUGACCACCAGGUUGAGAAUAUUAAUACUAGGUUUACUGUGUCAACAUUUAUCAAACAAGUAGAGAAACUCUCAAAUGGACAAAAGAAUGCAAUAAAGAAAACGGGAUUGGGUCAUUUGCUCAUUAUGCCAAACCAAAAGUUGAGCAAGACUCUGUUAGCAGAACUGAUGGACAGGUGGAAUUGUGAAAAGAAGGCAUUUGUACUUCCCCCUGGGGAUAUCAAGAUUUCCCUCAUGGAUGUAGCCUUGAUUCUAGGACUACAUGUGAUGGGUGAGCCUGUGGUCCUAAAAAAUGAUGAACCGUUCUCACAUUUGGAAAGAGAGUAUGGUGCUGUCCCAGGAAAGAGAGAGAUUUCAAUAUCAGCAAUUGAAAAGAGUCUUGAAUCAUUCAAAACGAUUGUUAAUGACGAUUUUAUUAGGACAUUUCUAUUAUUCACAUUUGGAGUGCUUCUUUUUCCAAAUGCCAAGGGAACAGUAGAUUCUCGUUACCUUUCGUUUAUGGAAGACCUGGAUAAGAUGCUAGGAUAUGCAUGGGGAGCAGCAGUCCAUGAGAAUCUGCAUCUCUGGUUAGAUAGAAGAAAAAAACAAGGGAUAGAAUACGUGGGAGGUUGUCUCAUAUUUGUCCAAAUGUGGUGUUAUGCACAUAUUGACAUUGCCCGGCCUCUUCACCAUGGAAGAAACUUGCCCUUCCCUCGUUCUUGCCAAUGGAAAAACUCUUCUUCGCAUACUAGGCAAUGGUUUACGGAAAAAUUUGAGAAAUUGCAUGAGAAUCAGAUAAUUUGGGAGCUGAACCCAACUCCUGAGGAGUCUCAAAUAGAUAUUGUCAGGGAGCUAUUAGAGAUGCCAAAAGAAACCGUAGAGUCCCCAUCUACAUCAGAAUACUUGUCAAGAACAGCUACGGAUAAUGACUUAAGAACUCAGGCUGUAGAAUUGGAAAAGGAGCUAAUUACCGAUCUAGCUGGAGAAAUGGCCGAUGUACAAAAGUACAACAUGAAGCUGCCAUCAACAUUAGGGAGCCCUUCCACAAAUGGCAUGGUUGAUGAAGAGAAAGGAACUCAAAAGAAAGAGCUUGAAUUGCAGCAUUUAGAUUCAGAGGAGGAUACAAUUAUUGAUGUAAAUGGAGAAACAUCAGAAGUGCAGAAGGAUACUGUGGAGGUGACACAAGUAUCACAGAGCCCUUCUGGAGAUGAUACAGUUAUUGAUGCAAAUGGAAAAACAUCAGAGGAUACAGUUAUUGACGUAAAUGGAGAAAUAGCAGAAGUGCGGGAGGUAACUGUGGAGGUGACACAAGCAUCACCGAGCCCUUCUGCAGAUAAUAUGGAUGACGUAGAUAACUUAAGAACCACAAAUGAAAUGCUAGAAAAACAGGUUUCGGAAAUGGAAGAGGUCAUAGAAGAGUUACGAAGGGAAAAUCUCCAGAGAAAUCAAAUGUCUGAAAAACAGGUUUCAGAGAAGGAAGAGGUCAUAGAAGAAUUACGAAGGGAAAACCAAGUGAUGGAAAAACAGAUUUCAGAAAUGGAAGGUGUGAUAGAAGAAUUAAGAAGAGAAAAUCAAUUCUUAAAAAGUCACUAUUUGUCUUCCAAUAUUUUAGCAAAUCGGCUGGAAAGGAUUGUAUUCGGUGAGGAUUUAAAUGAUCAGAAGGAAUGUACAAGUUGAGGUGGUAAGAGUUUGUAGAGAUAAGCUUCAUUACUGUCUAGCAUGUAACCAAUUCACCAGAGAAUAUAAUAAGAGUGCUCAGCCCGCAAAGCUAAUUUAUGGGGCAAAUGUAUAACA